AAUAUGUUAUAAAAGUCUAGAUUAGUUAUAAAUUAAACAAAUUUAUGUAAAAAAAAUCAUGUUCUAGAGAUGCCAUAAUAUUAAUAAAUUAUUUAAAGUGUUCCCAAGUGUUUUGUUGACAAAUAAAAGUGUAAAAAAGUUUGCUUCCAUUAUUAAUAAAUAAAAAAAAUACACAUUUCCACUUAAUUUCCUCAAAUAUUGACACAAAAAAAAAAAAAAAAAAACAGAAAACGUAUUACAUUACAAAUUUAUAAUACAACAAAAUAAACACCAUAAUGAUGUUAAUAACAACAUUAAUAAUGAUAAUGAAGAUUAUUAUAUAAAAAUACCAAAAAUAAACAUGAAGGAAAAAUAACCACAAACAACCCCUUCUUUUAACAAUAAAAACAAAGGAGACAGGAUUUUAUUUUUAGUUGUAAAUAUUAACUGCCCAAAAACGUAAUACAACAAAAGAAAAACCAUCGUCAUCAUUAAGUUAAACAAAAAAGUGUGGCAAGUGUUGUUGAUUUCUUGUACAAGUGACUAAUAAACUGUUUGUUGUUUUGUGUUCCACUUCAAUUAAAUAAAAGAAAAAAGGAAAAUGUUUCGUGUUUAAAACAAUUUGGAAUAAACAGCUUGUAAACCUGUAAGCAAGCAAUUAAACAAUUUACACCUUUAAUUAAAUAGAAUAUGUAACAAUUUCCCUUGUCAUUUAUAACAUUACAAACAAAUUCUCAAGAGUUAAGUUGAGCAGUAACAAAUUAAUUGUUUAGCACGAAAAAGAUACAAAAGACAACAAUAAGAAAACUCCUAAAAACACACAUUCAACAUGUCUAUGCGUAGUAAUAAAUUAAAUAUACCCACAAAUUUUGUACAACAACAAGCUCAGCUAAUGCAGCAACAACAACAACAGCACCAGCAGCAACAACAAAAGCAACAUCAACUGCAGCAGCAGCAACAACCACAACCAGAACAUAUACAACAACAGCAAUAUAUACCACCACCACAAUAUCAACAACAACAGCAGCAGUUAUUGGCUCAACUACAGCAGCAACAUAAAUUUCAACAACAACAUCAACAACUAUCCCAGUCAACUCCAGUUACCACACAACAACAACAGCAGCAACAGCAGCAACAGCAGCAAAACAGUCAUUUAAUAAACAAUAGUCGUAAUAAUUUAGCCUCUCUGGUGGCUGCCAUCAAUGCCAAUGAUCAUCACACCUAUGGCAGUGCUGGUGGUGGUGGGGCAGCAGUUAAAUCCUCUUCUCCCACCCCUUUAAAUCCACCACCCUCCUAUUCAGCCGCCAUUGCCCAAAUCCUCCAUAUCAAUUUUUAAAUCAUUAUCAAGCUGCCAGCAAUGCCAAUAGUCAGGAUUUAAAUCAUCCCAAUAACAAUUCAUUGGUUUUAGCCACUACUCUAACCGAAUGUGAAGAGCCCGAGGAUGACCAACAUGCUUUACAGCUACAACAGCAACAACAACAACAACAGCAGCAGCAACAAUUGUGUGUUGUGGCUAAAAUGCAAAAAUCUGUUACAAUAACCGUUACACCUCAGCGCAGUAAUUCAAUGGAUUAUCUGAAUUUUGAGGAAAAACGACAAUUGAUUGCCUCCUCGUUGUCGUUGUCGGAUAUAUUACAAUGUAAUCCAGCGAAUAAUGUUCCAACUGGGAAAGAUACUUUGAAUGGUGA